AUGGCGAUCCAACUGUUGACCGUGACGGCCCUCUUCUGGCAAGGCAGGACAUGCACAAAAUGCAGCCUUGUCACGGUCCUCUCUCUGCUCUGUCCAGCCUGCUGCGUGCUAAGGUCGUGUGGAACCGGGGACGACGGAUGCAUCACUAGUACCAACUUCCCGGAGAGCUACCCUCCCGGCGACGCGUGCGUCAUCGAAGUUGAGGCUGAGAACAGGAUGGCCAUCGGGGUUGUGGCCUUCUCCUCCGGCCACGGCAAGUUGCGCGUGAACGACGUCCUGUACUCCGGCACCGAGGGGCCGCAGGGCGUCGUGCCGCGUGGAUCGAUCCUAUGGAGCUCCGACAUCUUCAGUUCCGGCCUGGGCUGGAAGAUGUGCUUGGAGGAGGAGGAGGAGGAGGAGGAGGAGGAGGCUGUCCUACCGCGGGCACUGCAGGCGAAUGGGACCUGGACGCUGUUGAGUGGGACAUGCAGGGUCGAUGGCGUUUGCGUCAGCAGCUCCAAUUUCCCGGAACCGUAUCCCGACUUUGACCGGUGCGAAAUCGAGGCACCGCCUGUUGAUCCGCAGCGGCUCUUGCUGAUGGAUGUGGUGGAGUUCUCCACGGAAGACGGAUACGACUAUCUCAUGGUGAAUGGCGUCCCGUACUCCGGCAACGUGGGACCCCAUGAACAAGUGCCAGGAAACAUCUCCUGGCAUGCGGAUGACUUUUUUACUGCCAGUGGCUGGAAGAUCUGUCUGCGUGAGGCUCUCCAAAUUGACUUUCACGAGUUGUCCUGCAACUUCGAAUGGGAUACUUGCCUCUGGUUCUCCAGCGCAAACUCCACGUGGCACCGUGUGGCCGGUGAGGUCAACGGUGGGAAUUGGGUGCUCGAAGCCACGGGAACUGUGUCGGAAGAUCGGACUUUCGUGUUGGAGAGCGUCCGCGUCAAUUCCACCAACAGCUCAUCCCUGACAGUGUCUUACCAGAUGUCCGGGUCAAGCUCCGUGUCCCUCGCGUUGCAGUCCCAAACGGAGGCUAGUGGUUGGACCACCAUCUUCUUACGGACGGGUGACAAGGGCCCCUCAUGGCAUACGAGCUUCGUGGCAGUCCCCGACGGCACCUUCGCCCUGCGACUGCUGGCCAACAUCAUUGCGGUCGAGGACGUCGUGAGAGUUGACUCACUGUGGGCAUGGCAUAUGGUUUCCUCUGAGGCUUCGAAGUGGACUUUAAUCUGGGGGCUCGGCACUCAGAGGGAAACUCCGAUAUUGCCUGCGCGCCACUCCAGCAAUCUCCAGCAUGUUGAUGUAGAGCUCGUGCGGUCUUGCAAGGUCGACGGCGACUGCAUCAGCAGCCCAGAUUUCCCUGCUGACAUGUGCAUCUUCAAAGCACCACCUGUUGAUCCGCAGCGACUCUUGAUUAUGGAUGUGGUGGCCUUUUCCACAUAUCAUUCCCACUAUCUUGUUGUCAAUGGCGUCCCAUACUCCGGCGACGUGGGCCUGGCCCUCAAGUUGCCAUUGAAUGUCAGCGGCUGCUCCCGUAACACCCCCCAGUCGUUUCGCGAGAAGCGGGCUCUCCAUUUUGACUUUCACGAGUUGUCCUGCAACUUCGAAUGGGACACUUGCCUCUGGUUCUCCAGCGCAAACUCCACGUGGCACCGUGUGGCAGGUGAGGUCAACGGUGGGAAUUGGGUGCUCGAAGCCACGGGAACUGUGUCGGAAGAUCGGACUUUCGUGUUGGAGAGCGUCCGCGUCAAUUCCACCAACAGCUCAUCCCUGACAGUGUCUUACCAGAUGUCCGGGUCAAGCUCCGUGUCCCUCGCGUUGCAGUCCCAAACGGAGGCUAGUGGUUGGACCACCAUCUUCUUACGGACGGGUGACAAGGGCCCCUCAUGGCAUGCGAGCUUCGUGGCAGUCCCCGACGGCACCAUCGCCCUGCGACUGCUGGCCAACAUCACUGCGGUCGAGGACGUCGUCAGAGUUGGCUUCGAAGUGGACUUUAAUCUGGGGGCUCGGCACUCAGAGGGUCACUCCAGCAAUCUCCAGCAUGUUGAUGUAGAGCUCGUGCGGCCUUGCAAGGUCGACGGCGAUUGCAUCAGCAGCCCAGAUUUCCCUGACAUGUACCCGAACAGCCACGAGUGCAUCUUCACGGGGCCACCUGUUGAUCAGAGGCGGCUCUUAGUUAUGGAUGUGGUGGAGUUCUCCACGGAAGACGGAUACGACUAUCUCAUGGUGAAUGGCGUCCCGUACUCCGGCAACGUGGGACCCCAUGAACAAGUGCCAGGAAACAUCUCCUGGCAUGCGGACGCCAUUGUUCCUGCCAGUGGCUGGAACAUCUGUCUGCGUGAGGUUCAUUUUCAAGAUUUGUCCUGCAACUUCGAACGGGAUACUUGCCUCUGGUUCUCCAGCGCAAACUCCACGUGGCACCGUGUGGCAGGUGAGGUCAACGGUGGGAAUUGGGUGCUCGAAGCCACGGGAACUGUGUCGGAAGAUCGGACUUUCGUCUUGGAGAGCGUCCGCGUCAAUUCCACCAACAGCUCAUCCCUGACAGUCUCUUACCAGAUGUCCGGGUCAAGCUCCGUGUCCCUCGCGUUGCAGUCCCAAACGGAGGCUAGUGGUUGGACCACCAUCUUCUUACGGACGGGUGACAAGGGCCCCUCAUGGCAUACGAGCUUCGUGGCAGUCCCCGACGGCACCUUCGCCCUGCGACUGCUGGCCAACAUCAUUGCGGUCGAGGACGUCGUGAGAGUUGACUCACUGUGGGCAUGGCAUAUGGUUUCCUCUGAGGCUUCGAAGUGGACUUUAAUCUGGGGGCCUUGCAAGGUCGACGGCAAUUGCAUCAGCAGCCCAGAUUUCCCUGACAUGUACCCGAACAGCCACGAGUGCAUCUUCACGGGGCCACCUGUUGAUCAGAGGCGGCUCUUGGUAAUGGAUGUGGUGGAGUUCUCCACGGAAGACGGAUACGACGAUCUCAUGGUGAAUGGUGUCCGGUACUCCGGCGAUGUGGGACCCCAUGAACAAGUGCCACGAGGAACCAUCGCCUGGCACGCGGACGCCAUUGUUCCUGCCAGUGGCUGGAACAUCUGUCUGCGUGAGGUUCAUUUUCAAGAUUUGUCCUGCAACUUCGAACGGGAUACUUGCCUCUGGUUCUCCAGCGCAAACUCCACGUGGCACCGUGUGGCAGGUGAGGUCAACGGUGGGAAUUGGGUGCUCGAAGCCACGGGAACUGUGUCGGAAGAUCGGACUUUCGUCUUGGAGAGUGUCCGCGUCAAUUCCACCAACAGCUCAUCCCUGACAGUGUCUUACCAGAUGUCCGGGUCAAGCUCCGUGUCCCUGGCAUUGCAGUCCCAGGCGGAGGCUAGUGGUUGGACCACCAUCUUCUUACGGACGGGUGACAAGGGCCCCUCAUGGCAUACGAGCUUCGUGGAGGUCCCCGACGGCACCUUCGCCCUGCGGCUGCUGGCCAACAUCAUUGCGGUCGAGGACGUCGUGAGAGUUGACUCAUUGUGGGCAUGGCACAUGGUUUCCUCUGAGGCUUCGAAGUGGACUUUAAUCUGGGGGCCUUGCAAGGUCGACGGCAAUUGCAUCAGCAGCCCAGAUUUCCCUGACAUGUACCCGAACAGCCACGAGUGCAUCUUCACGGGGCCACCUGUUGAUCAGCAGCGGCUCUUGGUAAUGGAUGUGGUGGAGUUCUCCACGCAAUCCGAAUACGACUAUCUCAUGGUGAAUGGUGUCCGGUACUCCGGCGAUGUGGGACCCCAUGAACAAGUGCCACGAGGAACCAUCGCCUGGCACGCGGACGCCAUUGUUCCUGCCAGUGGCUGGAACAUCUGUCUGCGUGAGGUUCAUUUUCAAGAUUUGUCCUGCAACUUCGAACGGGAUACUUGCCUCUGGUUCUCCAGCGCAAACUCCACGUGGCACCGUGUGGCAGGUGAGGUCAACGGUGGGAAUUGGGUGCUCGAAGCCACGGGAACUGUGUCGGAAGAUCGGACUUUCGUCUUGGAGAGCGCCCGCGUCAAUUCCACCAACAGCUCAUCCCUGACAGUCUCUUACCAGAUGUCCGGGUCAAGCUCCGUGUCCCUGGCAUUGCAGUCCCAAACGGAGGCUAGUGGUUGGACCACCAUCUUCUUACGGACGGGUGACAAGGGCCCCUCAUGGCAUACGAGCUUCGUGGCAGUCCCCGACGGCACCAUCGCCCUGCGACUGCUGGCCAACAUCACUGCGGUCGAGGACGUCGUGAGAAUUGACUCACUGUGGGCAUCACAUAUGGCUUCCUCUGAGGCUUCGAAUUGGACUUUAAUCUGGGGGCCUUGCAAGGUCGACGGCGAUUGCAUCAGCAGCCCAGAUUUCCCUGACACGUACCCGAACAGCCACGAGUGCAUCUUCACGGGGCCACCUGUUGAUCCGCAGCGACUCUUGGUAAUGGAUGUGGUGGAGUUCUCCACAUAUCAUUCCGACUAUCUCACGUACGACUAUCUCAUGGUGAAUGGUGUCCGGUACUCCGGCGAUGUAGGACCCCAUGAACAAGUGCCACGAGGAACCAUCGCCUGGCACGCGGACGACAUUGGUACUGCCAGUGGCUGGAAGAUCUGUUUGCGUGAGGCCAGCUUCCUACAGCUCUCCUGCGACUUCGAGUUGGACACUUGCUUCUGGUUCAGAAGCGGCAACCCUACGUGGCAGUUUGCUGCUGGCCACGCCCACGACGGCAGCAUGUCUCUGGAAGCCGCAGGGAACGAGACAGAGCAUCGAACUUUCAGUUUGGAGAGCACCCGCUUCAGCGCCACCAGUGGCCAAGGCCUGAUUUUCUCGUACCAGAUGAUGGGAUCCAGCUCUGCAGCUGUCGAAUUGCAGGCACAGCAAGCAGGCAGUUGGAGGACAAUUUUUCAGAAGGCCAGUGACAAUCAUAGUACAUUGUGGCACUCUGAGACAAUCACGGUGCCAGACGGCACGGUUGCCCUUCGAUUCACGGCCAGUGUUGCUGCCGCAGAGGUCGUGAGACUAGAUUCGCUGAUGCCCGUUGUAAGAUUGUCGGAUGUCAGCUGCGGCUUCGACAGAGGUGCAUGCGGCUGGUCAGGAGAUUUUCAGCGGAGGAAAAGUGACCCAUUUCGAGGCUGCUGUGCUAGGGCAGCAACAAACUUUGGUAAUUUCACGAGCCCAUGGUUUUGGCCCACCACCGGGGCAGCGUAUGUGGAGUUCGCUUACAAGAUUGUUGACAAUUCCGGCAAGGCAGCUCUGCAGCUGUUGUAUUUCCGCGGAGAAGUGUGGAGGGUGCGUUGGUGGCGACAGGGCAACAAUGCAGCUUGGCAACAGGCGAAAGUAACAGUACCGGUCGGAACCACGAUGCUGGCAUUUCUGUGCACUUCGACGAUUGCAGAGUUCGGCGUGGAUGAAGUGGUGGCAUGGGAGUCCGAGGGCCAAGCUUCCGACAGUAUCUCCCUUUGUUCUGGAUCCUAUCACAACUGCGCUGCUCACCUCCCAAGCGGGCAGGUCAAGUGCUGGGGCUAUGCCGAUUCGGGGCAGUUGGGCUACGUCGGCGGUGCCAACAUAGGCGACGACCCAAAUGAGAUGGGCCUCAGGCUCCCACCAGUGGAUGUAGGUGGAGGGGCAAUUCGGCACGUGGCCUGUGGCAGCUCAUUCAACUGUGCAGUCUUCGAAGAUGGGAAACUGAAGUGCUGGGGUCAAAGCCAGUACGGGGAGCUCGGUUACGGCUAUGGUGUCACGCGGUUGGGAGACCUCCCGGGCGACAUGGGAACGAACCUGCCGCCGGUGGAUCUGGGCGCCGGUGCAUUCGUAGAAAGUGUCGCAUGCGGAAUGUAUCACACCUGUGCACUGCUCGGGGGCGGACACGUCAAAUGCUUCGGCCAGUCAACAUAUCUCGGUCUGGGAGAGAUGUCGACCACGGACAUGGGCGAUGGCCUUCCUCCAGUCGACCUUGGCAAGAACUUCACUGCGACGAAGGUAGUUGCUGGAAGCCAGCAUACAUGUGCCUUAUCCAACUUAGGUGCCGUCAAAUGCUGGGGAACAGGUACCGCCGUUGGGCUGGGACUCUCUGACAGCAACGACAUCAUCGGUGCGCAGCUCACCCAGAUGGGGGACAACCUUCCAUCGCUGGACCUGGGACUCCGUGCCAUCCAGAUCUCAGCAGGGUCCUCACACACCUGUGCAGUACUGGAGGAUGGGUCUGUCCGAUGCUGGGGGCGCAACUCGAAUGGCCAGCUCGGCCACGGGGAUUCCACGGACCGCCCCUUCGCUGACAGCAGCCUCCCAGCCACAUCUCUCGGCUUCGGCAUGAUAGCGGUCCGCAUUGCUGCCGGAUACUGGCAUACCUGCGCGAUCCUCCAGGAUGAUUCCCUCAAAUGCUGGGGUAAUGGUUUUUGGGGGCAGCUCGGGCAGGGCAGCAUCACAGACAUCGGUGUGGAGGAGUCGCAGAUGGGAAACAAUCUGCCUCCAGUGGAUCUGGCUGAGCACGGAGUGCGGCAUGUCUCGGUUGGUUACGGGCACACGUGCGCGCAGCUUGACGAUGACAGCAUGCGCUGCUGGGGAUACAAUUGGGGGGGCGAGCUCGGAAUUGGCAGCACCGUCACAGUAGGCUUCCAGUCAGGCCAAAUGGGCGCAGCGCUGGCUGUUACAGACGUCUUCCACAUCACUCCGGGCUCUGCAUUGGAGGACUUGCAGAUUAUUGGUGGCACUGCCACCUCUGGAAUUCUCGAGAUAAAGUACAAUGGCUCCUUGGGGCUCAUCUGCGACGACAACUGGAACGAAGCCGCCGCGCGGGUCGCGUGCCGCAGUCUUGGCCUCGGAGGGGGCCGUCCCGCCUUCACAGACACAGACAGCGGCGAGAUCCUCGCAGACAACAUCAUCUGUCAGGGCAUCGAGUCCGGCCUGCACGAGUGCCGCUUUCGAGGAUGGCGGGUGCACGAUUGCACCCCCAAGGAGGCCGCAGGUGUGCAGUGUUCCCUGGAUGUCUGGAGCGAUUUGCCCUCGGCCGGCCCGCCCGCGCGCCAGGAUCAUUCCCUGGUUUGGGAUGCCGAAGCGCAGUCCGCCGUGGUCUUCGGUGGCCAGGCCGGCAGCACCUUCACGUACUUCGACGACUUGUGGCGCUACAGCUCUUUGCGCACCUGGUCGCAAAUUCUCGCGGCGGGACCUGGCCCGGGCCCCAGGUUCGGGCACACGGCCGUCUGGGACGUGCACUCCCGGUCGAUGCUGGUGUUCGGCGGCAGGCACCUCGGCAAUCCCUUUGCGGAGCUGUGGCGAUUCGCCUCGGACCAGGAGUUCUGGGAGUCGCUCUCGCCACCAUCUGCGCCACAGGCACGCUCACAUCACACCGCCUGUUGGGACGAGUUCAGCGGCACCAUGGUGAUCCUGGCAGGGGAAGACCUCGACGUGCUCGCAGACAUGCACACCUACAGCAUCAUGCACAACCGCUGGACCGCUUCGACUGCCACCCAAGGCCCGGGACCGCGUGUGCGGCACGCGGCCGUCUGGGAUGACACGACCAGAGCGAUGCUGGUCUUUGGCGGUUGGGAUGGCGCUCACUACCUUGGAGACCUUUGGCACUACAGCGCAUGGUCAUCCGUCUGGACUGAGCUGGCAGCCAGCAGUGGGCCGCGGCCAAGGGCUGGUCACCGUGCGGCUUGGGAUCCCGCGUCCAUGAGCUUUCUCGUCUUCGGCGGCGUGACAAACGUUUCAGGCAGUCUGCGCUACGACGAUGAGCUCUACAACUUCAGCCUCCUGGCCGGCUGGGCUCACCUCCAAAAGUUCCCGAGGCCCUCCGGGCGCUCCGGCACGGCCCUGGCAUGGGAUGCCGAGUCGCGCGGUCUCUUGGUCUUCGGAGGCUUCAACUCGACCUACAACAACGACACCUGGCGAUACGUCGCCUCUCCAACCGCCGCAGCACGCAUCGUCCGGUGCCCUCUUGGGCAGAGCUGUCGAAUGAACGACACUUCGGUGGUGAAGCGGUCGUGCACAGACCCGGAGAUCAUGGAGGGCUCUGCAGCGGGGGAUGCAGAUGCAGCACAUCCCCGCCUGGCGGUCGAGCCUGGCACCUACCAUCUCUGCCGCCCGGAUGUCGGGGAAGCCGUGGGCCUCUUCAUCGCCGAGGGCCCCUUGGCCGACCAGUCCGCAGAGUGCUUCCUGGGCUCGCAGUGCACCGUGGCACCUUGGCAGGGCGUGGGCAUCUCCACCAACGACAGCCUCUUCUUGCGGAAGUCUUGUGCCACGGCCGAGUUGUCGGCCCACAGUGGAAACGCGGAGGUGCGGAUCGACUUCGAGUCCUCUGCCAACUCCUUCAGCCUGGACCUGGGACGCCUCGAUGCAGCGAGCGGUCCCGAAGAUGUGGAGCUCUGCUGGUGCCCCGGGAGCCGUUCCUGCGCGGGUUCCGGGGACUUCGCCGUCCUCGCUCUCCGAAUGAGCAUCCUGUGCCGACCUGGAGAGUUUCAGGAUGAGCUGGAGACGAUCUGCCGGAGUUGCCCGGCGGACCGGUUCUGCCCCGGUGGUCGCGCAGUGCUGAGCUGCCCUUCGGGGAGCACGUCCCUGCCUGGGUCCCGCGACCUUUCUCAGUGCCAGUGCGUGCAGGGACAGUACUGGAGCUCCGGAAGCCAAAGCUGCCUCACCUGUCCCUACGGUUCUACAACUCUGCAGGCUGGCGCUACAUCGUUGGAUUCCUGCACGUGUCUUCCCGAUUUCGUGAACACCGAUGCCGCGAACCCUGCCGCUUGCGAGUGUGGUCCUGGCAUUGGCUUCGAUCCGCAGCGAGGAGUUUGCCAGGCUUGUCCCCGGGGGGCCUACAAGGCCAAUGCCGGGAACAGACUUUGCUCCGGCUGUCCCGAAGACCAGACCACACUCCAAGAGGCAUCGACCUCCGCGUUGGAGUGUCUGUGCCGUGCUGGCUUCAGUCGACCGGAGAAUGAGUCGGAUGGCAGCUGCAUCAACUGCCGGCCCGGGUUCUUCUGCAACGGCACUGGGAUAGCCUUCAGUUGCCCGGACGGUGCGACGUCACUGCAAGCAGCAAGGUCUCUGCAAGACUGCUUCUGCGAAGCCGGUCGCUACAAGGAUGGGUCCUCUUGCAAGCUCUGUCCCAGCGGGCGUUACAACCCCUUCGGGGGCAACGAAGCCUCGUGCCCUUUGCAGUGUCCGACGAGUUCUUCGAGUGCAAACGGCUCUAGCAGUCUCGAAGAUUGCUUCUGCUUGCCGGGCUUCCACGCACAGACCGAAAGUGGCUCCCUGGCCCGGUGUGUGAGCUGCGCAAUGCUUGCCACUCUUCGCUGCCCCGGCGGCUUCGAAGGGACUGGCCGUCGCCACCAGCAGCCUCUGGCCAAGCCAGGAUUCUUCCAGACAGGUGUGGUCACAGCUUUCAAAUGCAACGUGGUCUUGGAGGACGGUCGAAGCACCUGCCUGGGCGGAGGCUUCUGUGCAUCUGUCGAAGACGGGAGAGGAUGCAUGGGGAAGUACGGGAACAGCUGCGAGGAAGGCUCCCUUGGGUUUCUUUGCGGGGAAUGCCUGCCGGGAUGGGCCAGGACCGAAUUCCAAGCGCCAUGCCAGCGGUGCCACGAGUCCCCACUGCCUCUCAUAGCAUCGAUUCUCGUGGACGUGGGGAGCAAAGCGGCCAUCAGCUUCGCGGUCGCCUCCAUGGCAGCAACAGCCGCGGUGCGAGGAAGCAGCAAGCUCCACACGAUCAUGAUCCGAAUCACGUCACACUGGCUAGCAUCGUGCUCCGUUCUCGCCACCUUCGACUUGAGCCAGAUUACUUUUGUAUUCUGGGAGGAGCAAUCUGCAGACCCCCGUCCAAGUUUUCCGUGGCCGCCAGAGAUAACAGCAGCCAUGCGCAGCCUCUUCAAUGAGAUCUCGCUCGCACCGUCCCUUGUCUCUCUGGAGUUUGCCGUCCAGUGCUAUGCCCAGGACAUAUUUCCUCGGGAUCCCCUGGCGCCACGAGUUGCUGUGGGCGUGUACUACGUGUGCCUGCCAAUUCUGGUCACACUGACGGUGCUGCUUUACUCUUGGCUUGCUGUGCAUGCCGUGGUCCCUCUGGCGGCUCGGCACGGCCACUCCUUCAACGAGGCCGGGAAGCAGCGCAAGGCCGUCGAGAAGGGGCAGCAGCAGCUCCGCGAGGCGGUGGAAGAGGCGCUGCGUCAUGCAGGCCUCUCCGGCCUUAGCUGGGCAGAGAUCCAGAAGUCCGGAGCCACCGACCUCCCGCUAUCGGAGCUCAAGCAGGCCGCCAAAGACCCGGAUGCCUUCCUCCGCCAGGCCGUGGCUUCGUCUCCCUCCUUGCUGCAAAAAGCCUGCACCUGCAGGGCCGCGUCGCAGGACCUUCAAAUCGCAGAGCUCGCGCUGCCGACAGACCUGGCAGCCUUCCUGCGAAGCCAGGCCGCCACCCCAGCCGCAGACCUCGUGUGCAUGCUGGACGGCGUCCUCCAGGAAAUCCUGCCCAAGCAGCUUGCAUCAGACGACCAGGGAGCCAGCACUUCGCAAGUCGUGGUUCACCAGCCUAUCAAGGAAGCGCGUGAGCCCGAUGUUGAAAGAGAUCGGCUUCAAGCACAGGUGACUGUGGAGGACAUGGCAGUGGACGAGGUCAUGGGGCAUCUCGACUUUGGGCUCUUCGACGCGAAGCCUCGUUUCGCUGAGCUGAUGUAUCAGUGCGUACCCAUCAUCUGGAUCGCUCUCAUCACACUCUGGCCGGGUCUCCUGUCCAGCUUUCUCCGCAUGCUGUGGUGCGUGCCCUUCGAAGAGGAUGAUCGAGACGACGUCAGCCGUCUGCUUCCUAACCCGGACGUGGAAUGCUGGACCGAGGCGCACUUUCCCUCCGCUGCACUUGCCAUUGGGGGCCUCGUGAUUUGGUGCCUUGGGACACCAUUGGCAUUGGCCCUCAAGUUGCAAUCCAUGCAAGACCGUCGAGCGCCCAACUCCGACAGGCGCUACGGCUACUUCUUUCAGGGCCUCGAGCCCAAGUUCUGGUGGUGGGACAUCCUCGUGAAGAGGGCCGACGUGGGCAUGAUGAUGCUGGUCACGUACACCUCCGUGGUGCCCACACCUGUGGCGAAGCUCCUGCUGUUUCCUGUUCUUUCAGGCUUCCAGGCUUGUUUGGCUGCUUGGGUGAAGCCGUACGUGAACGACCAGGCUGGAUUACUGGACAUGCUGGAGGUGAUUCUGACAGGCAUCCGAUUUCUGUUGUUCAGCUCCGUGUCUUCACUCUUGGUCAUGAACACAUCGCCAGAGAUCACGCGUGGGACGGCAUAUCUACUGUUCUUGGUCCUCGUGGUUACGUGCAUCUACUUCGUCCUGCACAUGGUGGCCCAAGUGCUCCGAGACGCUUCCACGAGAACAGCAGACACCGGCUCGCUAGGUGCUUUGAAGCGCUUCUUCAUCGAGCUUGCCCUCCCCUUGUUCCAGGAGCCCAAAUCCGAGAUGUUUCAACUGGCUUGGUCCUUCGAUCCUGCUGAGAUCAAAGCCGUCGCACCAAAGGGCCGCACGGCCCGGCUUACAUCUUUCGCGACUGCGAUGCGCAAGCUUCGAUUGCGCGCGUGGCAGAUUCUUCGAUCUUCGCGUGGCGCGGUCCUGCGGUUAGGCACUUCCUUUCAGCACGCAGUGCUCGUGAAGGCCAGCGAGGAGUUCAUGGUUCUGUGGCUUCAGCAGCUGGACCAGCCGGAUCUUCCUCCGAACAGCCAUUUAAUCCUGUGUGUCCUCGCGACGACGCAACAGGAGAGCAAUUUUUCUGGAUGCCCGGCUGUUCAUUUGCAAUCUGAAUUCUGA